AUGCGUGGAGCUGAUCCAGUAUUGUUGCCACCUGGUUCAGACAGGACCCCAUGGUCACUACGUGCUGCUCGACGAGCAACAGCCUCUCCGCGGGUGGACGCUCCUCCCACUGGCUCCAACGCUCGUCAAGGGUUGGGGCAGGCGGCACAACGCGAGCCUCAGCAGCCAUCGGGCACCCCAGCACCUCCCAGGGGAUCGGGAUCUGCCUUCCGCCCAGGAAUAACUGCGGAUACUCCACUGGCACCGUUGGCGGAGCAGUCAAGGCGGAGGACUGGGGAAGUUGUGGAGGAAGAGGGUGGGUCGGUGCAGAGCUGGUCGGCAGCUGCGGCGUCAGUGGCUGUCCCUGGGCAGCCGGCACUACUGGAGUCGGUUGCGCCGGGGCUGCUGACAACGGCGGAGGCGGCUGCGCCUGCGGCUGGGGAGGAGUUGACAUCUGAGCUCGCCGCUGUUGCUGGCGCUGGCGACGGCUCGUUUUUGCACGCUGCCAUAGUGACUGCCGCACCACAUGGGCAUAUGACACGGGCGGAGGUGGAGGUGCAGGGGUGGGCGGAAGAACAGGGGCAGGCGGAGGAGCAGGAGGGGGGAGAGGAGCAGGGACAGGCGGAGGGAUCGGCGGUGGCAGCUGGGCCACCUGCACCGGCGGCUGCGGCUGCGGCAGCUGCAGAGGAGGUACGCAAAGUCGAUCCGGCUGGGGAGGUCGGGGCGGCUGACGCCGCGAGCGCCGGAACGUCUGCUGCUGCCGCGGACGCAGGCACGCAGGGGCGCGGCCGGGGGGGGAGUGAUAGACUGGCUCGCGGGACCGGUGCUGCUGCCCACGCCGCCCGCGCAAAGGCUGGGAAGAAUCUCCGCGCCCAGCCAGCACCGAGGCGGCCCGGAGCAGGGCUGGGACCUGGCGUCCCGGGACCCCUCCUGGGCUGGCUUCUGCAAGGGCAGUCGCCACAAGGGCAAGGGCAUCCGCCGCCAUCUCAGAAUGCCUGCGAGGAAGAGGGAGGCAAUAGUCAGUCGGCGGCGGACACCACGGAACAUGAGAGGCGGGAGGGAUGCGGGGCAAAACACGUAGCGGCGCCGGACACAGCACCUGAAGUUGGGCUUACCCGCCGAGCAGGAAAUCAAGCCCCGCAAGAAACGCGCCGUGACACGCGCAGCAGCACGCGUGCCCAGGGAAUCGUUUGGGGUCGACCGGCAAUGCCGCGCAACGGUGCACCACACACGCCGUGGCUGCCGGCGGGAAGGGCGCCACAGUCUGCACAAGGCGGGCGGGACACCGUGGUCCCCGCACGGGGAGCAACCACAGCACGCGGCCGUCGCGGCGGAGCACGAGGGGUGAGAGGCGGAAGGGGCGCAAUCGUGGGCGGAAGGGAAGCUCUGGUCAGAUCGGGAUCAUGGCGGGAACGUCACGAUCGACCGGAACGAGAGGCAGCCCCAGCGAAUCAGGGGGCUGAGGACUCUGACAACUCGAAUGACGGGGAGGAAUUUAUCCCCUCCCAGUCUCAUGCCUCAGAGGAGAUCUCGCUGGAGGAGGAAGGAGGCACACCAAGAGGGCCCCGGAGGAGAGGGGGUACAGGGGUUGGGCAAGGCGGGACAUCUGCCCCAACCGAAGCUGCUGCUGCUGCCGCCGACGGUUCGGCAAGAGGGGGAGCGGGGAUCUCCAACGUUUUGUCGCCUGCUGAGCUGGCUGCAAACGACGCCAUCUGGCAACAGGCGGCCGCGAGCAUGGGCGAUAUUACAAUUCCUGCCGAGGCUGACCCUCCGCCCGCUCCCCGAACCAGUUGA